CUAGCUAGCACGCAACAAUGGCGGCCUCCGUGGCCGUUGCGCUCCUAGUCGCCUUCCUCACGCCGGCCCUUUUUCUUUACCUGUUCACAAGGCCCAACAAGAAGCCGUUGCCGGGCAAGUUGCCGCUGCCCCCGGGCUCACUGGGUCUGCCGAUCAUCGGGCAGAGCCUGGGCCUGCUGCGCGCGAUGCGGAGCAACACCGGCGAGCGGUGGCUGCGGGACCGGAUCGACCGGUACGGCCCCGUGUCCAAGCUGUCGCUGUUCGGCGCCCCCACGGUGUUCGUGGCGGGCCCCGCCGCGAACAGGCUCGUGUUCGCGAGCGACGCGCUGGCGCCGAAGCAGCCCCGCUGCCUGCCGCUCAUCCUGGGCCGCCGCAACAUCCUCGAGCUCGUCGGCGACGACUACCGGCGCGUGCGCGGCGCCAUGAUGCAGUUCCUCAAGCCCGACAUGCUGCGGCGGUACGUGGGCGCGAUCGACGCCGAGGUCGCGCGCCACCUGGACGGCCGGUGGGCGGGGCGCCGGGCCGUCGCCGUGCUGCCGCUCAUGAAGCUGCUCACGUUCGACAUCAUCGCCACGCUGCUCUUCGGCCUCGAUCGCGGCGCCGUCAGGGAGCGCCUCGCCGCCGCGUUCGCGGACAUGCUGGAGGGCAUGUGGUCCGUGCCGCUGGACCUGCCCUUCACGGCGUUCCGCAGGAGCGUGAGGGCCAGCGCGAGGGCGCGGCGGGUGCUCGAGGCGACGCUCGGGGAGAAGAAGGCCAGGCUGGAGCGCGGCGAGGCGUCGCCCGCAGACGACCUCCUGAGCUGUCUCGUCAGCCUUCGCGCCGAGGACGGCGCCGGGGGCCAGCGGCUGCUGACAGACGAGGAGAUCGUGGACAACGCCAUGGUCGUCCUCGUCGCCGGCCACGACACGUCGUCCGUGCUCAUGACCUUCAUGGUCCGCCACCUCGCCGGCGAUCCCGCGACCCUCGCCGCCAUGGUUCAAGAGCACGACGAGAUUGCCAAGAACAAGGCCGACGGCGAGGCGCUGACCUGGGAGGACCUGCACCGCAUGAGGUUCACAUGGCGCGUGGCCCUGGAGACGCUGCGGAUGAUCCCUCCCAUCUUCGGCAGCUUCCGGCGAGCGCUGGAGGACAUCGAGUUCGACGGCUACUGCAUCCCCAAGGGGUGGCAGGUGUUCUGGGCGUCCAGCGUGACGCACAUGGACCCCAGCAUCUUCACGGACCCGGACAAGUUCGAGCCGUCCCGGUUCGAGAGCCAGGCGCCGCCCUACUCGUUCGUGGCGUUCGGCGGCGGGCAGAGGCUGUGCGCGGGGAUCGAGUUCGCCAGGGUGGAGACGCUGGUGACCAUGCACCACCUGGUGAGACGCUUCAGGUGGAGGCUCUGCUGCGGGGACAAGGACAACACAUUCGUCAGGGACCCCAUGCCGUCGCCGCUGAACGGACUGCCCGUCCAGCUCGAGCGCAGAGAAAUGGCUCCAAACAAGAGCGCCUGCUCAGUACCUUGAUUCCACCUAAGAUGUUCGCCUCACCUGCGUGUAACCUGUCUUUUCUUUUUCUCCCUAAAAUUUUAACCAUACAGCAGGUCCCAAAAUAGUUAAAAAUGUCGACGCAGUCUUUGUAGUUAAAACACACAUAAAAAUGGUUUUUUACUGG